AUGAACUAUGCCUUGGAGUCCUGCUUCCGAACGCAGAACUCUGAGCAGCUCAACACGUUCAUUCGCGAUAAGAUAGGGAUAUAUGCACACAUGGAGACAGAUAGUAGUAGGAAGACUAAUAAGACCGUCUGUAAGCACUACAUCCGAGACCAGUGUAAGAAAGGAGAUGACUGCGAGUUUAUCCAUGAGUACGCUAUUGACAAGCUCGAUCUGUGCAAGUUUGGAGAUAAUUGCACCAACCACUACUGCAUUUACAACCACAAGAGCUCUAAGCGUGCCGAUGUCUGCUAUUCAUUCGCACGCGGUGUCUGCCUCAAUAAAACAUGCGAUUCCAGGCACAUAGUGUACACGCUCUGCCCUCGGUACCUCGCAGGCUUCUGUCCCGAAGGCCCCAAUUGUACAAUGCAGCACCCCCAGCUGUCUGGUCCCAUUACCAUAUACACGCGCCAGGUCAUGAAGAAGCCGGGCUAUAUUGGCCACUGCAGCCACUGCUGCAAGUAUCACGGCGAUGCUCAUGAGCUCACCGACAACGACAAGAAAGAUCGCUACAACGCUCAUCACGGACAGACCUCAAUAGAGGAUAACACAGACUUCACUGGGAUGUUGCUACAAUGUCCUGCUGCCAAAGACGGGUCCCGGCUCGUCCGUGACCACGCUAUGAUCAACAAAGUCUUUGAGCACACGCCCGAAAACUUCCGCCGCCUCUAUGACAUUUUGCGCGAAAUCGAAGCCAGCGAACGCGCCGAUCGGGCCCGUGCGCGGGCAAACAAGGAAAUCGAAGACGAAGACGCCUAG